AUGCUGAAAGACGCUGGGUUGGAAGAGAGUGCUGUGAUCACUCUGAGGCUUUGUACGAGCUUGGUCUACAUCGGGGUGGUCGAACUGGGCCGCACCAUCAGCGAUAUCGCCGCGUUGAUGCUCAGAGAUGAGGACAAGGAACCGCAGGAGCUCUCGUGGUUGGAAGAGCGUGUGAUGUCAGCUGCCAAGAUGGCGGGUGCCCCGUGCUCCCUUCAGGCCACCGCGCGGGGCGACCCAGAGAUGGUGGUAGAGGAGCCCAACAGUCUCAAGGUGGACGUCUUCCUCGAGAGCCUUGAAAGUGCCUUCCGGACAGACCUCAAAGUGUAG